UAAUAUUCUUGUUGCCGGCGCGGCAAAGAGCAGCCACGUUGGCCGCCAUCUUGCUCAGUGUAGUGUAGCGUUCGCUAGAACACAGUUCAACGUGUUUUGUUACGUGUUUCAAUUACAACAUGGCAACAGCUAAUCUAGAUAAUUGGACCGAAAUGAAUUGUAUACAGUUGAUACGUGAAUUCAGGAUAAGGCCAACGUUAUGGGACCAAAAGGAUCCGUUAUAUUACAAGAAGUCAUUGAAGCCGAGAUUGUGGGAACAAAUUGGUAAAAAGAUAGACAUGCCGCCACUGGAGUGUAAACACAAAAUGAAUAUAUUGAUGUCAUCUUUUCGGCGUGAAAAGGCUAAAAUUAUGCAUAAAAUGGGAGAUAACAAUGGAGAUUCACCCAACUAUGUGGUUUCCUGGUUUGCAUUCAAAGAGUUGAUGUUUUUGAUGGACAAAGAUAAUGAAAGGGAACGUCAGCGAAUGAAAGGACAACAUUCUGAAAACUUAGAUGACGAAAUCGAAGACAACAACGGAAGCCCGUCUAGUCUCAAACGAACCUUGCUGAAACAUCACAUCCAGGCCCCAAAUUCUAGCGAGAAACGACCCUGUUUUUCUGUAUCAACUAAUACAUCACCCACACCACAGCCGCCACCAAUAGCGAAUACAUCAGAUACAGAUGACGAGAUAAAAUCAUUUGCCAAUUUCAUAUCAUCCAAAAUGAAAAAAUACUCGGAAACCACGAAAAAUAUGGUACAACAAGCAAUCUGUGAGAUAAUUUUUAAAGCCGAUCAAAAUUUCUAUGAAAAUAAUGAAAAGUUCGUCAUCGUAGAUGAAAAUGAUCCUUUUGCGAAUAACAUAGAUGAAGAUAAUACGAGCGGAGAUAUCAAGGCAGAAUAUGAUAUGCAUUGUUUCAUUGAGGAGAAUAGCAAAUAAAUUACAAUGUAAUAAGAGGAGAAUAGUUGUGAUCUUUGGAACUAGAUUAAAUUACGUUUUAUGAUAUAUGAAAACUGAUCUCAAGUUAAUAAUAAUAAAAAAAACAUGAAUCUUAAGAA